GCACUUUGAGUUUGAGAUGCACAUAGAGAUUGAGAAAGACAGCCUCCUUUCUUCACCUCAUCAAUCAAUCUACAGUUUCAACAUUCAUUUCUCCGAUGAAUAAGAUGAAGGCGGCCAAUGCAUUUCUCUCAACUCUGCCAACGUCUCUAAUGCCGCUAAUAUCGUUCUUACAAGGUCACUAUAUGUCUGUCUUGUUUCAUAAUUUUCAAAUCCCACCUACAUUAAAUACAUAGAUCCUAAUAUCCUGUUGUGCAAUUACAUUCCUUAAUACUCACUUUCUUUCUCCCGUAUUCUUAAUUUCUUACUCAUUUGCCUGCAAUUUCUGACCAGACAGAAUUUUGCUGUUGAAAGUCUUAAUCUUAUCAAUAGACGAAAAACAAAUUCUCUCUGUAUAUAGUCCCAAGAUUUAGGGCCUCUCGCAUUCUCAAAAAACUAGCCAUGCCUAAAACAUCGACUUCUUCGAGACACAGGUCUUUAUGUGUUACAGCGGCAGUGACAGCUCUACUGUUUUGUGCUCUAUGGGCAUUCUCAGACCCAUUGCCCAGCUUUUCAACGUUGUUGUCCAACCCCAACAUCAAAGAAUGUCUGCAAGGUGGCCGAGCACUUGACAUGAACCAAGAACCUCUACAUAAAACAUUCUACGACGACCCCAACAUUCAAUACACCAUAGAUAAACCCGUGAUUGGUUGGGAUGAGAAGAGAAGCGAGUGGUUAAAGCAUUACACGACGACCAUGUUCUCAAGGAAUCGAGUACUCGUUGUCACGGGGUCUCAGCCUUCGCCAUGUAAGAAUCCUUCCGGAGAUCAUUUGUUACUUAGAUGUUUCAAGAAUAAGGUUGAUUACAGUAGAAUUCAUGGCUACGACAUUUUCUACAACAAUGCAUUACUGGACCCGGAAAUGCGCUCCUUUUGGGCCAAGAUACCAAUAAUCAGGGCUGCGAUGAUGGCCCACCCGGAAGCCGAGUGGAUCUUUUGGGUCGAUUCGGAUGCCAUCUUCACAGACAUGGAGUUCAAGAUUCCCUUGGAGAGGUACAAGGAUCACAACCUCGUCGUCCAUGGGUGGCCCAAUAUGAUUUACGAGAAGAAGAGCUGGGUAGCGGUGAACGCUGGCGUUUUCCUGAUACGAAACUGCCAGUGGUCUAUGGAUUUCCUGGAUGUUUGGGCAAGUAUGGGCCCCAAAAGCCCGGACUACCGGAAAUGGGGCCAGAUCUUGAUAUCAACCUUCAAGGACAAAUUGUUCCCGGAAUCCGAUGAUCAAUCGGCACUCAUUUAUUUGCUUCUAAAAGAGAGAAGGAAAUGGGGCGACAUGAUUUACGUGGAAAAUGAGUAUUCCUUGCACGGCUAUUGGCUGGAAAUCGUCAAGAAAUUUGCUCGUAUUGCCAAGAAGUACGUGGAGAUAGAAAAGCGGGUGCCGAGGCUGAGGCGGCGGCACGCGGAGGCGGUGAGGGAGAGCUACGCGGCAGAGCUGGAAAGGCAUUUGGCGGGAGGAGGGGAGAGGCAGGAUAGCGGAUGGCGGAGACCGUUCAUCACGCACUUCACGGGGUGUCAGCCGUGCAGUGGAGAGCACAAUCCGGCAUACGAGGGGGAUUCUUGCUGGGUGGGAAUGGAAAGGGCACUCAACUUUGCGGAUAAUCAGGUUCUUCGCUGUUGGAAUAUAUGGCCCAUGACCCAACUCGGGAGGCCCAUCAGCCCGACUCACAAAGACCCUGGCCCAUUCGGAUGGCCCUCACCCGACCCAGAACCCGGCCCCCUUGACCCGACCCAGGUACCUCUAUUUAUGUAACCCUAAGUCAACUCUCUCUCUCUCUCUCAUUUCUUACCCUCUUGCGCCGCUGCCAUUAUGAACUUUCCCUCUCUUCGUUCCUACUACCAUCCAUGGCGGAUUCGACUUCCCCUUCCACCACCGUUGAUGGUGGUGGCUUUCCUUAGCCAAACCAAUGGCUAAAGGAAAGCCACCCCAAAACCCGCUUGCUCUUCGGCUAUAUCUCUCCUUAUAAAUUGGGGCUUUCUGGUUCUCGAAUGAGAGAGAGAAAAACCGAACCCCCCUUUGUGAUACACUUCUACCCUCUCCGAUUCUGUGUGAACGGCUGAGGUUUCCGUGUCCGAUUCUGAGUGAACGGUUGUGAGGAGGUUUCCUGUUAGUGUUCGGUGGGAAAGGGUGUGAGGGAGAGUCUCUCAUUCUGGGUCUGUUUCUACGAACCGUGGUGUGAGGAGCAACCGUGGGCCAA